UCAAAACUAGUCCAAAGCAGCCCAUGGCGCAGGGGACCCGAGAAAACACAGAUCCGUGUCCAUAUCCACUUACAUUUGAGUUGCGGUAAUUACAUAAGAUCCGGCUGUUGCAAUUCCCCGGGGGGGGUUUUUAAUUCUUCACCGAACCUCCAAAACCCCUGAAAUAUGGACGCCAAAACGACGCUCCGCUUCGCUUCUGCCGCUAAUGAAGCUGCUCUAUCAUCUUCUUGUUCGUCAAAAUCUACUCCGAUAGGUAAACUCUCAUCUCUCUUUGAUCCCCCUCAAAAACCCAUUUUUUCUAAGAAUCCCAAAUCUUCAACCCCCAACAAAGAAACUGUUGCAAGCCUGGGCCCACUUUACAAAUCUCUCAAAUCAGGCGCCAUUACUCCCAAUGAAGCAUUGCAUUUGUUUGAUAAAAUGACCCAAAUGACGCCCUUUCCUCCAAUGUCAUCAUUUAAUCUGUUGUUAGGUGCCCUUGUUAAGAUUAAGCAAUAUAAUCAUGUGGUUCUGCUUUGCAAGAGAUUGGAUUCAAUUGGGUUUUCACCUGAUUUUAUUACCCUGAAUAUUUUGCUUAAUUCUUUAUGUCAUAUGAGUCGAGUUAGUGAUGGUUUCUCUGUUUUAGGUAGGCUUUUUAGGUGGGGUUAUAGGCCAAAUACUGUAACUUUUACAUCUCUGGUUAAAGGGUUUUGUAUUGAGUAUAAGAUUGGUGAAGCGACUAGGUUGUUUGGGAAAAUGGUUGUAUUUGGUUGUCGUCCUUGUGUUAUUAGUUAUGGAACUUUGAUUAAUGGUCUGUGUCGAAUGGGGAGUACGAGUGUUGCACUUAGGUUAUACGAGGAAAUGGUUAGUGGAAACGGGGGUUGUAAGCCUAAUGUUAUUAUUUAUGGUAGUAUUAUUGAUGGCCUAUGUAAGGAUGGUAUGGUAGAAAGGGCGAGAAAACUUUUUUUGGAAAUGAAGGGUAGAGGAAUUUGUCCGGAUGUGGUUGUUUAUAGCUCUCUACUUUAUGGUUUUUGUUGCGUAGGUAAUUUGGAGGAGGCUAAAACUCUGUUUAUGGAGAUGUUGGAUCAAGGUGUGCAGCCUAAUGUAGUCACUUUCAAUGUGUUAAUAGAUGCAUUUUGCAAGAUGGAGAAGUUGGAAGAAGCAAAUCGUUUGUUGGAUUUGAUGAUUCAGAGAGGAGUGGAUCCUGAUAUAAUCUCGUAUAACACAUUGAUUGAUGGGUAUUGCAUGGCCGGUAAGCUUGAUAUUGCAAGGGAUCUGUUUGUUUCCUUGCAAAGUAAGGAGAAUGGACAAGAUGUUGUUAGCUACAAUAUAAUGAUCAAUGGUUGUUGCAAAAAAUGGAAGGUUAAUGAAGCUAUGAGGCUUUAUAGGGAAAUGAUAUGCAAGGGGAUUGAGCCAACAGUUGCCACAUAUAACACCUUAUUGGCUGGUCUUUUCCAGACAGGCAAGGUUGAAGAAGCAAGAAAACUGUUUUGUAAGGUGCAGCUUGAUAACGUUAAACUCAAUUCUAGCACCUAUAAUAUCUUUGUGAAUGGACUUUGCAAAAAUGAUUGUGUCUCAGAGGCACUGGAACUGUUUCAUAAGUUAGAAAAUUGCAAGUUUGAAUUUAGCAUUAAAAUGUUCAACUCCCUUAUUGAUGGGCUGUGUAAAACAAGGAAGCUUGAAACUGCUUGGGAGAUAUUUUAUGGAUUGCCAAACAAAGGCCUGGAACCAACAGUUGUAACUUAUUCUAUCAUGAUCCAUGCGCUGUGUAAAGAAGGGCAACUAGAAAAAGCGAAUGAUUUGUUAAUAGAAAUGGAGAAAAAGGGUUGUGCUCCAAAUGUUGUCACGUUUAAUACACUUAUGCAUGGUUUCUCCCAGAAUAAUGAGAACCAAAAAUUGGUGGAACUUCUUCAGAAAAUGGUGGAGAAAAAAUUGUCACCUGAUGCAUCCACUGUCUCUGCAGUUGUAAAUUUACUCUCAAAGGAUGAAGAAUAUCUUGAAACUUUGAAAUUGCUUCCAACUUUUCCUGUCCAAGGGCCAACUAAAUGAUACACUGAAACUUGGGUUGCAUGCUUGAGUGUCGGUCAAAAUUAUUAAAUGGACAACUUCCAUAGAAGCUUAACACAUUGAGUGGAGGUUUCGAAAUGUGAUGGCUUGCCCCCAAGUCCCAGUUUGUGCAAAACCAUCUAUAAUGGAGAUAAGGUUAGCCUCUUCAAAGGAGGGAAAAGAUGGAUUACAAAUGCAUAAAUUUGUGGCUAUCGUGCAUAUAUGAGGCUCAACUUCUAGAUGUUUGUAGAGAGACAUGAGUGAGGUCAUGAGCAGACAUAUUAAAGUUGAGGGUCUCUUGGACAAAAAGAAAGCUACGGCCUAUAGUUACCUUCAGGUACAGUGACCUGAAAUGCCAGUGCUCCAAUUGUUAUGGAAACUUCUUUCCCAACAGGAAUAGAUCUCAGAUGUGCUCUGAUCACCAAAUGUCCUAUACUUGUUUGUAUUGUGAAUGAUGAUAAUGGCUUACACACAUAAUUGCAUCACUUUUCAUUUGAGUUUAAACUCGAAAGUAUGAAUAUUGUCAUGUUUUAGCACCAGCUCUUCAAUGUUAAUGUUCCAUUUGGUUUAUGCUUUCAAAUCCGGGAGAUUGCAAAUGCAGUAUGUGUAUAUGUCACAAUAUUUUUUGAAAGGGUAUGUAGAAGUAAUAGUUGGUUUAAACUAUAUUAUUUUCGAAGUGGAAAUAAUGUGAUUUUUGGUUGAUAAACAUUUAAUAUGACAGAUGUGUGAAUUCGUUCUAGGCUUCUAGUAUAAAUAGUGUAGUAAGAAUCUCCUUUGUAUUCUGGAGUGGGGACGAGGUUACUUGUUCAAAAUUUUUUUUGAUGACAG